AUGAGGUCGGUCAAGAAGUGGUGUCUCCAGGACUUUGAGAUUGGUCGGCCACUUGGCAAAGGCAAGUUUGGCAAUGUGUACCUCGCACGCGAGAAGACAACCAAGUACGUCGUGGCACUGAAGGUCAUGUUCAAGUCUCAGCUUCAGAAGAGCGGAAUGGAGCAUCAACUUCGACGGGAGAUUGAGAUCCAGUCUCAUCUCAGGCACCCGAACAUCCUGUGCCUGUUCAACUGGUUCCACGAUGAGACGAGGGUCUAUCUGAUCCUGGAAUAUGCGCCUCAGGGCGAACUCUACAAGCAGCUUACUUCGGCCAGGCGUUUCACUGACAAGAGAGCUGCCACUUACAUCUACCAGCUCUGCGAUGCGCUCAAGGUCUGCCAUGCACAAAACGUCAUCCACCGCGACAUCAAGCCGGAAAAUCUUCUCGUCGGCAUUAAUGGCGAGAUUAAGAUUGCAGACUUCGGCUGGUCCGUGCAUGCACCUUCAUCCAGGCGGGCCACAAUGUGCGGCACGCUGGAUUACCUGCCACCUGAGAUGAUUGAAGCUGCCCCCUACAACGAGAAGGUGGACCACUGGGCCCUCGGCAUUCUCAUCUACGAGUUCUUGGUGGGCAAGCCCCCCUUUGAGUCGCCCACGAUGCACGAGACGUACCGGCGCAUACGCGAGUGCAAGGUGCAGUUCCCUCCGUACGUAAGCGCCGAGGCACGGGACCUAAUUGGCAAGCUUCUGAGAAGAUGCCCGUCUGAGCGCAUAUCCCUGGACGAAGUCAAGGUCCACCCGUGGGUUGUGAACAACGCAGACACUACAGUCGUGUGCAAGACCUUGUAGAAACGGACGACUGUGGCAAAUGCAUGUAUAUAAACAUGUACAGGCACA